AUGUCUUCUUUGAAGAGCCAGUUGGCCGUGGUUGCAGCCAGCAAUGCUACACUUGCGGUAGACCGGAAGAGAAGACAGAAAUUGCAUUCUGCAUCUUUAAUCUACAAUCCAAAGACUGCUAGUACUCAGGAUUAUGAUACAAUUUUUGAAAAUGCAGUGGAGGCGUUGAACGAUCUGAUCGAAAUCGACCCGCACUUUGAAAUAUUCACAAGAUCUCUCUUUUCUGAGUCGUCGAUGUCAAUUGACAGAAAUGUUCAAACUAAAGAAGAAAUAAAGAACCUCGACAAUGCGAUCAAUGGGUUUUUAAUGCUUGUGUCUUCCAAAUGGCAUUUGGCGCCCACGUUGCAUGCGACCGAGUGGUUGGUUCGGAGGUUCCAAAUACACAUCUGCAACGCCGAGACUUUUCUUUUAUCUACGAUCAAUUAUUACCAAACGCCAACUUUCAAGAGGAUUCUAAACAUUGUGAAACUUCCACCUUUGUUUAGCCCUCUUUCCAGUUUUGUUAGGAACGACAGAAGCUGUUCCAAUAUGGCAAUCAUCAAGUUAUUCAAUGACAUGGAAUUUUUAAAAUUAUACGCCAGUUACUUGAGCAAAUGCAUCAAAAAGAAGACCACGUACACUGGUCAGAUGCUGUUUACCUCAUGUUGCUUCAUCAAUCUGAUAGCCUACAAUUCGAACGAUGAAGGGAAAUUAAAUGGAUUGGUUCCGAUAUUUCUGGAAGUGUCGGCGAAAUUGCUGGCGGCAAGUUCUGUGGAUUGUCAGAUAGCGGCUCAUUGUAUUUUGGUGGUGCUUGCUGCUUCACUUCCUCUAAAGAAAACAAUCAUUUUAGCUGCCACCGAGACGAUACUGGCCAACCUGGAUAACUUGGAGGUUAAAAAGUCCUCUUUGGCCACGAUAUGCAAGCUAUUUCAAACGCUGAAAGGUCCUGGUAACGUUGAUCAGCUUCCUGCGAAGCUCUAUGGUUUGCUUGAGAGUAAAAUCGGACUGGAAUACCUGCUGGAAUAUCUAAGCAACUCAGAUCCAAGUCGUUGCGACAAAUUCGUCACAUCUUACAUCAGAGCUAUUGCCAGAUACGAUCAUGCCAAACUAUCAAAGAUAAUUGAAAUUUUGAAGCAAAUGAAGCUGGAGAGAUUCGAGGAGAGGUUGAUAAUUACAGAUCUAAUUCACCUAUCAGAAAUACUUGAAGAUAAAUCACAGCUAAUUUUACUGUUCGAAUAUUUCGUGUCGAUCAAUGAAGAUUUAGUUCUGAGGUGCAUUAAUGCACUUAAUAUGAGUGGCGAGUUGUUUGAAAUCAAGCUAACAACAUCUUUGUUCAGGCCGAAUGAGCAGUCCUCAGAUGGGGACGUUUUGAAAGAGCUUACAACUGAGAAAGGACCAGAUGGGAAGAUGCGAACAUCAACCUUCAAGGAGUUUUUGGAAAAGCAUUCACCCAGCAUCAAUACCAGUAACAAAUCUAUGUUGGAGAAUGGCGACAAUAAUUUCGGCGAACUACUUUCACUGUUUAUCGAGUCUGUGGGUAAAAACUUUCCGGCAGGGUUGUUUCUGUCUUCUUUCUUUACAACGCUAGAAGGCCGAAUAACGUUUCUGGUCAGAGUGCUUAUUUCUCCGGCUGCCCCAACAGCUCUGCGACUAGUGGCAUUGACGAAUGUUUCGAAAUGUAUCAAUAGCAUUGACAAAGAAUCAAACGUUUUUACCCUGAUACCUUGUCUAAUAUGCGCUUUAAGUGAUGUCUCAAAACCAGUCAGAAUGGGCAUCAAAAAAAUCCUUAAUCAAAUUGCCAAACGACCAUUCACCAAGCAUUAUUUCAUGGGCAAUAGAAUUUAUGGAGAGAACAAGGAGAUUCCAUUGUUGAGCCCUAAAGACAGUGAAAGCUGGCUAAAUCAUUUUUUGAAUGAGUACCUGGUCGAGAAUUACGACAUUACGACUCUAUUGGUUCCAAAGAAGAAUGAUAAAAUCUACAUGCUGUUUUGGGCCAACCAAGCAGUAUUUAUGCCACUACCAUAUCCAAAAAUGAUUCUUUUCAAAUUCAUUAACAAGCAUAUAAACUCAACCGGUUCAAACACGGCCAUUUUUGCUGACUUCAUAUCAAGUUACUUAAGUUCGAGAAAAAAAUGGAAAGCUUUUUGCCAGAAUAACAAAACGAACUUUGACCAAUUUGAGUCAUCUGUUGUAGGACUCAUAGCGCCCAAAGAACGCAAUGACUUUAUGAUUGAUUUUAUAAACGAUGCCCUCAAAUCAGAGGACGAAUCACUAAUAAGCAUCAUAUCGGAAAGGUUGGAGGCAAUUUUUGAGUCGCUUAAGUUCAAUCAACAAUUGAAAAUAGUUCAAAAUAUUCUCGAGACAGCUGCUAAUGGAGAUCCAGCGUAUGACGCUGCAGGAGUUUUGCAAUCCCUUCCUCUGGAUACCAAUGUCUUUGUGUCAAUCCUUACGCAGAACAGAAUCCACUCUGAUAGCGAAUUAUCUGAGCUUCCAAAGAAAAGGAGAAGACGAUCAUCAGCGAACAGGGUAGCGUUGCAGAAAGAAGAGAUCUCUCACAUAGCCGAGGCUCAUCUAAGAAAGCUAACCGUCGUACUGGAAACGCUAGAUAAGUCAAAGGCUGAUGGAUCUGAGUCUUUAUUGUCCACUUUACUUUCUCUUGUCUCUGAUCUAGAGAUGCUAGAGAAAGAUGGGGGAUUACCAGUUCUCUAUGCUCAAGAGACUCUUGCUUCAUGCUUGCUAAAUACAAUCGACUCUUUGAGUAGAGCGAAUGCUCCCAAAUCGAAAAAUGUGCGUGCCGACGUCGUCGUUUCUGCCAUCAGGAACUCCACUUCUCCCCAGGUCCAGAAUAAGUUCCUUUUGGUUGUCGGUGCUUUGGCAGGGUUAGAUUCAGAGACAGUCCUUCAUUCAGUUAUGCCCAUCUUUACCUUCAUGGGCGCUCAUAGCAUUCGUCAAGACGAUGAGUACACGAAUCAAGUUGUUGAAAGUACCAUCAAGACCAUCGUUCCCGCCCUGCUCAAGAAUAGUCAAGACGAUGUACAGGACGAGAUUGAAUUCCUAUUAAUGAGUUUCACCACAGCAUUGCAACAUGUGCCAAAGCAUAGAAGAGUAAGGUUAUACUCGACUUUAAUCAACUCAUUGAAUCCCUCUAAGGCGUUUGCUCCAUUUUUAUUCCUUAUUUCCCAACAGCAUUCAAUGGAUGUUAAUAAUUUCAGAGUUGGUGAUGCGAGAACUCUGGUCGAGUUUACGAGGUCAUUAAUGUGUAAUCUAGAUGUGCUUGAGCAAUUGAACGGCUUGCGCGAGUUUCUUGAUUUACUCAAGCUGCUCAAGGUUGCAAGUGAAGAUCCGGAAAAGAAGGAAUGCUUGCAAUCGCGUGCUUUAUUCACGAACGGUAUUCUAAAUUUCACUGCAACGGAAUUUAGUUCCUUUCUUCAGAAUGCAUUAGCUUUCAUUGAUAAGACGAUGGCUGAAUCAGAAGAUGGAUCCCACAGUAUCAAUGGUAGUAUCAAAAUAAUGGUUUGUUCAGCACUCCUUGACACGCAGAACGAUCCUUCCUAUGUCAAGCGAGUGAAAUCAAGCUUUGGAUCGAUUCUGGAAGCAAUUCUGGAUUUCAUAAAAGGUAUGAAUAAUUAUUCUCCCGGGGGCAAUGAAGAUAUGGUCAGCAAAGCAGAACUGAAGGAUGCCAGAAAGGAAGCUAGUACCGUUUUGUACCAUCUACUGAGUCACAUCCUAACUAUAAUGCCUAUUAGUGAUUUUGUGGAUGCCGUUUCACCGCUGCUAUCAGAGUGCAAAGAUGAGAAUGUAAAGUAUCACCUAAUGCUUGUAAUUGGCACCAAGUUUGCCAGCGAAGGUCCAGAAGCGUCAAGUAAAGCUGAAGAGGUUGUCAAGAUGCUUCUGGAAAUUGCGACGACUCAAAAAGAUUCAUUCGAUAUUGUCCAGGUCUCUCUCAACACUGUAGGAUCACUCAUCAAUGCUUUCGGACCGCAGUUGGAAAACUCAAUGGUAAUUGAUGCUUUAAAAGCUUCAAUAGACAGUUUGGCUUCACCAAGUACUGAGGUUAUAAUAUCGUCCUUGACCGUGAUCACAAACUGUGUGCAGAUCUUAGGCGUGAAGUCCAUUGCAUUUUACCCACGGAUCGUCCCACCAUCUCUCAAGAUUUUCAAGGAUUCUCAAAGCGACAGUGAUGACUAUUUGAAGGAGCAGCUACAAUUGGCAAUCUUAUUGCUUUACGCAGCGUUCAUCAAAAAACUUCCAAAUUUUAUCAUGUCAAAUUUUGAAGAUAUUCUUAAGGUAAUCUAUUAUUCGAGUGAGGUCAAUGUAUCCACGAGACUGUCUUUAAUCUCGUUGAUUGUUGAGAACAUUGAUCUGAAAGAGAUUUUGAAAGUCCUACACCGAGUGUGGGAAAAAUCAGUCAGCAAUUGUGAAGAACCUAUUGCAAUCUCACUGUUUUUGAGCUCUUUGCAGUCCACUGUUGAAGCAAUAGACAAAAAAUCUGCGACUUCCCAAUCGCCAAUCUUCUUCAGGCUGUUACUCGCUUUAUUCGAGUUUAGGUCCAUCAGCGACUUCGAUGACAACACUAUCAGCAGGAUUGAAAGUACGGUUUAUCAGGUUGCCAAUACAUAUGUUCUGAAGCUUAAUGAUAAGGUUUUUAGACCCUUAUUCGUUAUCCUUGUCAGAUGGGCUUUUGAUCGCGAGGGUGUGAGUAAUACCAAGAUGACUGAGAUCGAGAGGCUCACAAGCUUUUUUAAGUUCCUCAACAAACUGCAGGAGAAUCUCAAAGGCAUUAUCACAUCAUAUUUUACUUAUUUGAUCGAACCAGUGAGUGACCUGCUAAGGAAGUUCAUCGAUGGGAGAAUUAGCGACAUCAAUCUGCGUCGUGUCGUGCUAAAUUCAUUGACCUCGUCAUUCAAAUAUGACAGAGAUGAAUACUGGAAGUCUACUUCAAGAUUCGAGGCCAUUUGCGAGCCACUGGUUAAUCAAUUGUCGAAUGUGGAAAGCGUCAUCGGGAAGUACCUUGUCAAGGCGAUUGCCUCUUUAGCCGCAAAUAACAACCGCGUCAAUGACCAUAACAAGCUCAUGCAUAAGCUAUUAGUUAACCACAUGCAGAGCUCUUGUUCAUCCAACGAGAAGCUAUGGACUGUCAGAUCAUUAAAGCUGAUCUACUCCAAGGUGGGCGAAAGCUGGCUGGCAUUACUGCCUCAACUGGUGCCCACAAUCGCAGAGCUUCUAGAGGACGAAGAUGAAGAGGUCGAACAUGCUGUGAGAUCAGAACUUGUCAGGGUGGUGGAAAAUGUACUAGGGGAGCCGUUUGAUAGAUAUUUGGACUAA